CCUCCAUAGUCCUGUUGUUCCACCAAUCCACUCCUCGUUAUUCCCACGCAGUAGCCAUGUUAAGACCUUCAUUCCUCUCCUUGAUUGGCCUCCAGCUGUUCGGACUUUUUGUGCCACAAUCGCUGCCAAUGACCGUCCAGGCCGCCCGCGAUGGCCUUUGCCCCGUCCCCGGUCCGGUUCUUCCCGCGCCGAAAUCCCCCAGCACCCACCCGGCAACGGCCAUGGUGACCGCCGGUGCCAAGGGUCUGCUCGACAGCUUAACCGCCAGCCUCAACCACACGGCUCUUUCCGUAGCCGUCAAGUCGAUCCACGAGGACGGCUACAUGCUUGAGUACCAUCACACCCCGCCCGUGUUGGAUCCCAAGGGUGUGCAGCAGGUCGAUGGCAAAUCCGUGUAUCGGAUCGCCAGUAUCAGCAAGGUUUUUGCCGUAUUUGCUGUUCUCCUGCUCGACGAUGUCAGCCUGGAGGAUCCCAUCACAAAGUAUUUCCCAGAGUUUGAAAAGCUUAAUGAGCAGCCCGAGAUCAAGGAUGAGAUUACCCUUGUCGAUUGGGAUGAGAUUACCUUGGGUGCACUGGCUUCCCAUCUUGCAGGCAUCAAGGCAGACUUCAGCAGUGAUCUCUCUACCUUUGAAAGUUUCGACCCUGAGGGUUAUGGGUUGCCCCCGCGAGACAAUUCGUCCCUCCCGGGCUGUUCUGGACUUCAGGGUGUUCGCGAAUGCACUAUUGAAGACUUUUUGCAGCACUUUGGAGAUAACUGGCCGGUGAUUGCGCCAUUUACUACUCCUGCUUACUCCAACAACGGUGCUGCAAUCCUCGGGCUUGUCGUCAGCAAGGUUUCCGGCAAGCCUUUUGAGACGUUUGUGCAAGAGAAAAUUCUCGACCCUUUGAACAUGAAGCAUACGUUUGCCACUAAGCCGGACGAUGAACUGGGUGUCAUCAGCUUGAAGGACCCUAUGUGGUACGCUGAUAUAGGCUUUAUGGAUCCAUCCGGAGGCUACUACACCUCAACCGACGACCUCAUCACCCUCGCCGACGGCAUCCUCAGCAACAAGCUCCUCAGCCCCGCCAAGACCCGCAAGUGGCUCAAGCCCUGGGCCACCACCGCAUCCUCGGGCACCAUGAUCGGCGCGCCGUGGGAGAUCUUUCGCUCCAAAAACGUCACUUCCGAUCAGCGCAGCAUCGAAGUCUACACAAAGAGCGGAGGGCUCAUCACCUACAGCUCGCUCGUCGCGCUCGUGCCCGACUACGACGUAGUCUUUUCCAUAAUGGCAACGGGACCCACCUCGGAGCUCCCCUCCCUCGGGAUCAACGCCCUCGUCAGCCGUCUUUUCCAGAGCGUCGUGCCUGCACUUGAGGCGGCUUCCCGAGACGAGGCUAGACCCCUGUACGCGGGCUUCUACCGCGACGAGGCGACCAACUCCACCCUCACCGUCUCCCUGGCCGAGGAUGACCUCGGGCCCGGUCUGGAUUUGACCGGAUGGGCUGUGCGCGGCAAGGACGUCAUGGCGGCGCUGCUCCAACCCGUCAUCCUCGUGCCGCCCCCAUCCGAAGCGCUACCCCCUGCACCUCCGGCGGACGCACCGCCGCCGCAGCUUCCGUCUUCCAACCUGAGGCUGUACCCUAUCAACCUCAGGAACAAGAAGCGGGAGAGCUGGAAAGGGGUGAUUGGGAUCGGGACCGCCGAGCAAAUUGCACAGGCGGAUGCGCUGCUGGCCUGGGAAGAGGGGUCCUGCGGGACGUGGAGCUCGCUCGACAGGCCGGCGUACCAGAUGCGGGCCAUGGACCAGUUCAUCUUUGGGCUCGGGGAGGACGGGGUUGCGGUCAGUGUCGAGCUGCCUUCGUUCAAGGUCACGUUGAAAAGGGCGGGUGCUACGGUUCCGCGACGGUUUAGAAGGUGAAUCCAGGGUCAAGGCUUGCGCGCUGAGACUUGCAACAAUGGCCUUCCCAAGGUUCCUGCCGUGCGCUAGGGGUACAGCGUCUGGAUAAUACGCAGUCAAAGCGAGUCACGAUACGUACUGUGAAAUGAAGUAUUCAGUCCCACAAUUGGUUGGACGAGAUAUGCAUAGUCGAGGAACAAGAUUAAGUAUGUAAUUAUUAAACGUAAAACUAUUUUAGCAGUGAAUAUAAAAAUUUAGUUGAG